GAGUGCUAAUCACACAGAUGAAGUUGACAGAAGAAUAAUUGAAGCAGAAAGGAUCAUAGCUGAAAUGGAUGAAAAAGAAGAGCACAGCCAACUCUCAGAAGUAGACAUUGAGAAAAGAAGGAAUGGAUUCCUGGAUCUUUGGAAGAACAUGAAGAUUCAAGAGAGUAUGUGGCAGCAAAAAUCCAGAAAGAUGUGGCUGAAGAUGGGGGAUGCAAACUCAAAGUUUUUUCAUAGAAGUGUGAAGGGCAGAUGGAGAAGAAACGAAAUCAACAGCAUUCAGAUAAGGGGAGAUCAAUGUAGAGGUGUAAAUGACAUCAAGGAAGGUGUGAUGAAUUAUUUCAAGGGGUUAUUCUCGGAAGAAGAGUGGCAGCGACCAAAGCUAGACGGCAUCAGCUUCAAACAGUUAGACGAAGCAGACAAUGAUUUUUUGACGGCCACUUUCUCAGAAGAGGAUAUUAAAAACGCAGUGUGGGAUUGUGACUCAUUUAAGUCCCCUGGGCCGGAUGGCUUCAAUUUCAGGUUUAUAAAGGCAAUGUGGGAGGAAAUAAAACAGGAUGUCAUUGGCUUCGUGCAGGAAUUCCACGAGCAUGGCAAGCUGGUCAGAGGCUCCAACUCCUCCUUCAUCGCCCUGAUCCCUAAGGUUGAAAAUCCCUAUAGAAUUGAAGACUACAGACCUAUAUCACUCAUUGGAGUCAUGUAUAAGAUCCUAGCUAAGCUACUAGCAAACCGCCUCAGGAAAGUUCUUGACAAGAUCAUCGGGGAGCAGCAGAUGGCAUUCAUAGAAGGUAGACAGAUGAUGGACGGAGUGGUGAUUGCAAACGAGGUGAUCGAUGAGGCAAAAAGGAAGAGGAAGAAGAGUUUUCUUUUCAAAGUUGAUUUCGAAAAAGCAUACGACAAAGUUAGCUGGGAUUUUAUUGAUUAUAUGCUAAUGAGGACGGGUUUUACAGUCACUUGGAGAAAUUGGAUAAAGGAGUGCCUACAAUCAAGUAUGAUUUCGAUCCUAGUGAACGGAAGCCCAACACAGCAAUUCCCGGUGAGCAAAGGAAUAAGACAAGGUGACCCGCUCUCCCCCUUCCUAUUUCUAUUAGUAGCAGAAGGGCUUAAUGGUUUAAUGCAGUCUGCCAAUGAGAAAAACUUGUACAGAGGAGUAAGGAUCGGAAACGGGAACCUGUUAGUAUCUCACCUCCAAUUCGCAGAUGACACUCUGUUUUUUGGAGAGGCUUCGGAGGAAAACAUUCAAGCAAUAAAAAGUAUCAUGAGGACCUUCGAAUUGGCGUCGGGACUGAAAAUCAACUUUGGCAAGAGUCAGAUAAUGGGGGUCGGGACUGAGGAGGGUUGGAAAGAGAGGAUGGCUUAUAGACUGUGUUGCAAGGCGGGUGAUCUUCCUUUUAAGUAUUUGGGUACUCCAGUUGGAGGGAAUCACAGAAGGAUAGCAAUGUGGCAACCACUGGUGAAUUCCUUUAAAAAGAAACUUGCUAGCUGGAAAGGGCAAAACUUAUCUUUGGGAGGCCGUAUCACUCUCUUAAAUUCUAUGCUGUCUAGCCUUCCAGUGUACCUGAUGUCAGCCUACAAAAUCCCUAAAGGUAUUCUCUUCUCUUUAGAUAAAAUACGCAGGAAUUUUUUAUGGGGAGGGAUGGGGGAGAGGAAAAAAAUCAGUUGGGUCAAUUGGGAGAGGGUAUGCAGGAGUAAGGAGAAUGGUGGUCUAGGAGUGAAGGACUUGAGGAAAUUCAAUAUGGCGUUGUUGGGUAAAUGGUGGGGGAGGUUAGCAAAAGGGGAAGAUGGGUUAUGGAGCAAAGUGAUAUCUAGUAAGUACGAAGAGAAUGGAGGGCAUUGGCUGGAUUGGGUAAGGGAUAGGAGUGGUGGAGGUUCAAUAUGGUGGAGAGACAUCCAAAAUUUAAAUGCUGGAGAUGGGGGGAAUGCAGGAUGGCUUACGGAGGGCUUUAGGAUUAAGGUCGGUGAGGGGAAAAGAGUGAGCUUCUGGUGGGAUGAGUGGUGUGGGGAGAUCUGCUUGGCUAAUAAAUUUCCUAGAUUGUACAUCUUGUCUACAGGCAAAGACAAAGAAUGCUUUCAAAUGGGAAGGGCUCUCAAUGGGACAUGGAGAUGGAACUUGACAUGGAGAAGAACCCUGCAUCAGUGGGAAGAAGAGACUGCAAAAGAACUUCAAAAUAUGAUCGAGAAAUUGCGAAUAUCCCCAGGGAGCGCAGACAAUUGGAAGUGGAUACACAGCCCUGACGGAGAGUACUCAACAGCAACAGCCUACGCACUAUUAACAAAACAGAGGAGGGAAGAGGAGGAAGCAGAAUUGCAUAAAAGAAUAUGGAACCCUAGCAUUCCAUCCAAAGUGGCGGCUUUCAACUGGAAGGUAUUACUUGAUAGAAUCCCAACCAAGCUAAAUUUGUUGAAACGUGGGGUCAUAAAGGAGGAGGAGGAAAGGAAAUGUGUUCUGUGUGAAGAAGAAGAGGAAGAUUCCAGCCACUUAUUCUUGAAAUGCAAAAUUGUCAAAUGGCUAUGGAGAGCUUGCGCAAACUGGUGGGGCAUCAAGGUAGAACUUCAAAAUGAGUGCAAGAAGACGUUUCAGCUCUUUGGUGUUUGGACCAAAAAGUCUCAUAAAAGAGAAGGGUGGGACUGUAUUUGGAGCGCAGUUAUAUGGUUAGUGUGGAUGGCACGAAACAAAAAGAUCUUCGACAAUGUAGAGGUAAACUUGAUCAAACUUUUUGAACUUAUUCAAUUACGAUCAUUUACAUGGAUUAAAGUUAGGAAAGGCAAGUGUUAUUUCAAUCUAUCAGACUGGUUAAUUAACCCUGCCUCAUGCCUUACUAGUGUGAAGUAGGAGGGGUUUGAAAGAUGGUAGUAACACUAAUAGUGCUUAUUUCUGCAUCUGUGAGGUUUGGUUGAAGUUCAUGUAAAAGGGUUUGAGUACCCCUUGUACUCAGGAUAGUAAUGAAACUUUUGCUGUUCA